UAAGUCUUUGGUUCUUGGUGACUUUGGAUAGGACUUCCAAGUUCCACCUUUGGGUUCUCGUAGUGCUUUGUUUAGGACAAUAAAGCUCAAGUCACAGUGUAUGAAAAUUGUUUUAUCUGUUUCUGAGCGUGGCCUCCAUUUUCUUAUUAUUUAUUAUUUCUUCUUCAAGAGAUGACCACAGUGCCUUUCAUGCUGAGGUCAGAGAACAGAUUGAUGGAUCAAGCUGUUCAGUCAACCCCUGAGGUCCCUUCUGGGAGAAGAGGUUGAGAGGGAGAAGAACCCUGACCCCUGCCCUAUGGGAGGCCCAAACAGGUUGGAAACGUCCAGAGCCUGGCAAGCCCUCAGAAACAAGCAGAAUGCCAAGUGGACAGCUGAACCUUGAGUGAACUCAGGCUGUAGAAAUGGAGAGUUCAUCGGGAAAGACUCCGAGGUGGCAGUGACAUGGCUUUGCCCCAGGCUUAUCCACUGGGGCCCCUCCAUGAACCUGCAAGUGCCCUAAUGGAGCCCCAGCCUUGCCCUCAAAACUUGGCUGAAGGCUUCCUGGAGGAGGAGCUUCGGCUCAGCUCUGAACUGAGCCAGCUGCGGUUCUCAGAGCCCGUGGGCAUCAUCUACAAUCCUGUGGAGUAUGCGUGGGAGCCACACCGUAGCUAUGUGACCCGCUACUGCCAGGGCCCCAAGGAAGUGCUGUUCCUGGGCAUGAACCCAGGACCCUUUGGCAUGGCCCAGACCGGGGUGCCCUUUGGGGAAGUGAACGUAGUCCGGGACUGGUUGGGCAUCGGGGGGCAUGUGUUGACCCCUCCCCAAGAGCACCCUAAGCGACCAGUGCUGGGACUGGAGUGCCCUCAGUCAGAGGUGAGCGGUGCCCGGUUCUGGGGCCUUUUCCGGAAACUGUGUGGACAGCCUGAAGUCUUCUUCCGUCACUGUUUUGUCCACAAUCUGUGUCCUCUGCUCUUCCUGACCCCCAGUGGGCGCAACGUCACUCCCGCUGAGCUACCUGCCGAGCAGCGAGAACAGCUUCUUGGGGCCUGUGACGCGGCCCUCCGCCGGCAGGUGCAGCUGCUGGGGGUGCGGCUCGUGGUGGGAGUGGGGCGGCUGGCAGAGCAGCGGGCACGGCGGGCUCUGGCAGGCCUGAUGCCUGUGGUCCGGGUGGAGGGGCUCCUGCACCCCUCACCUCGUAGCCCUCAAGCCAACAGGGGCUGGGAGGCUGUGGCCAAGGAGAGACUGAAUGAGCUGGGGCUGCUGCCGCUGCUAAUGAAAUGAGUGCCUACGUGGCCCGGCACGGGACACGUUCAAGGUCCCCAAGUCAUUCUGGGGCAAGCCACGUGCUUCCUGGACCGGAGCAACAGAGUCUUCCCGGGCUCCCUCCCUGGUUGCUGGGACCUGGCGUGGCAGUUUUGACACUACUCUGGCUUGCUGCUUCCUUCACCUUCCUUCCAGCACUGCCUCUGGUCAUGUGGUAACCAACUCCACAGAGACCUGCCAUCUGCAAACUGCUCUACCUCAGUGUUCCCUUGGGAGCCUCUGGUCAGCUGAGAGUGACUUCUGAGGUUGUGUUUGCUGUGUUAGAGAAAAGAUCCUGCCAGGAUCCCCACCCGUCCUCAUAGAACAGCUUCCUUCAAGCUGAGCCUUUUCCUCACAGGGACCAGGACAAAGCGAGAGGCAUGGAUGUUAAGAGGAAACUUCCCCACGGGAGACUGAGGCUGGGUCAGAGAAAGAAUUCAGUGUUGCAGAGUGGGGAAAGACCAGAAGACCCGGAUUUUCAUCUCGGCUUUGAGACUUUACAGCUUUGGGCAAAUCAUCAAACCUCUCCAAGCCUCAGGAUCCUCAUCUGUAAAACGAGGAUCCCUAACUCAUGCGGUUGGUGUGGGGAUUAAGUGAGGGAACACUUGAAAGUGGCUUGCGUAGUGCCAGGCAGGUGGGUGCUUGUUAAUCUCGCUUUCUUGCCUCUUGGGUGGGGCAUUGCUAUAUCACACUACAGCGGGAGCUCCCGCGCUCUGCAGGCCUUGCUGGGUGAGGGGCAGAUUCUUGCCCUGCCAGAGAUGCACCAGUCACUUCAUGAAACCCCCAGCCUGUGAUUUUUAGUCUAAGCAUGAAAAGUUCCUAAACCCUUUUGUGUGGUCCUUUUUUUUUUUUUUUUUUUUUUCCUUCCUGCAUAUGAGUCCGAGGUGGUGGUUUAGGUUUUCCCUUCUCUUACCCCUUCACUGUUUGCAAAGGGUUCUCAUGGGUAUCUGGGAAGAGAUGUAAACAGGUCUCUGAU